UUCUCCCACAAAGUACUCACCAAGAAAGUGUAUAAGUAAAAUUACACCGGCGAUUGGUUCGCGCGGUGGCUCCGAUUAUCACAUGUCAAAAUGGGAUUGAUUAAGGUACCGGACCUGAACGGUUGCCACGUCAUCCGAGAGCUGGAUGAGAGUCUUGUCGUAACUCCACCAUUUGUCACCCUACUUUAACCCCCUGCUGACAACAGAAAAACAUCUGAGAAACGCCAUACUUAAAUGCAAGAUUGUUGUUAAUCUUCAACAAUACCAGACCAACGUACGUGUCAAUUUUGCCACACAACCUCCCAUGGAUCUCCUUUUCUUUCUACUGGCCUGAUCAUGAAGAUUUUUUAGCAAAUUCAAGAUUACCCGGUUCACGUUUGGGGAAAAAUUGUCAUUCUACUGAGAAUUCCUUGGUUUUCUUGCAUUUGACGCAAAAUGGGGUGGAAGUAUCAAGCUGGGUUGGGAUUGAUUGGCACAGUUGUGUUCAUAUGGGUUGCUUCUGCGGAGGUCACUCAGAACAUCUUUGAAACGUAUAAACAGCCAUUUGCACUCACAUAUCUUGGGGUGUCUCUUAUGGUGGUCUAUUUACCCAUAGCGUUUAUAAAAGACUGGUUCUGUAGUUUGUUCCACAUUUACUUGUUGAAUGAUAUCGGCAAUGGCAGCUCUGUUGCUUGCUCUUCUACUGGACUUGAUGUUCCGCUUACAAUUAAUGAUAUGUACCAAGUGCCGGAGACUGAAGCCAGUUGCUGCCUAGUAACUGACAAGGACCUCCGUGAAAGGGAGGAGGGAUGGCCCGUGCUUGUGAGGAAAGGGGAAGAAGAACCUCCUUCGCCUGGACAGAAUUGCAAACUUAAUUCAUUGGAAGUUGCCAAAUGCAGUUUAUGUCUUGCUCCAAUCUGGUUUGUAACAGAGUAUCUUUCAAACUCCGCUUUAGCAAAUACAAGUGUUGCAAGUACAACUGUCUUAACUUCUACUUCGGCGCUCUUUACCCUUUUCUUUGGAGUUUUGCUUGGCCAGGAUUCCAUAAAUGUUGCCAAGUUGGUUGCUGUUUUUAUCAGCAUGGCUGGUGUUGCCAUGACUACAGUUGGAAAAACUUCAGCAGCCGAUGAAAUUCUUAGUGUUUCUGAGGCAAGAAGGCAUUCAAUCAUGGGGGACAUAUUUGGCCUUUUCUCAGCGAUAUCAUCUGGCUUAUUUACAGUGCUGCUCAAGAGAUGUGCCGGAUCAGAAGGCGAGAAGCUUGAUAUGCAAAAGUUCCUUGGCUAUGUUGGUCUUUUCACUCUUCUUGGGCUUUGGUGGCUUUUGUUUCCACUGAAUGCUCUGGGGAUCGAACCGGCAUUCAAGUUGCCACAUCCAAUGUACGUUGGUGAAGUUUUGCUGUUGAAUGGCUUUAUAGGGAGUGUUCUAUCAGAUUACUUCUGGGCACUUUCUGUGAUUUGGACGACUCCACUGGUCGCAACAUUGGGCAUUUCCUUGACAAUACCCCUUGCAAUGGUGGCUGACAUGGUUAUUCAUGGCCGACACUACUCCGCUGUCUACAUCUUUGGAUGUAUUCAGGUUUUUGCAGGUUUCAUCUUAGCCAACAUUUCGGACAAAUUUUCCUUCAAGAGGGAGUUAUGGCAGUCAUGAACUUUUCAGAGAAGCGUAAUCCUGCAAAUGGGGAGAGUGUAUGCAAAAUCUUGAAGAAUGAACUUUAAUCCAUCCUGUUACUAUAAAUAGUUGUCUCCUGCUAAGCUAGACUUUUAUGUAUCCACUUUGCUAAUGCAGUUUCAUAUGUCAUCUGAAUUCCAUUCCAUCUGAAAAUACAAUAAAUUGCAAAAACCAAAUCUAAACCCAAGCAAGAAUGGUGAUGCAAUGUAAUAAUUCCCAAUCCUAAGAUUGUGAUAAGUUCACGGCUUGCAGGCCUUUUACUUCCA